GGGCACCACGCACACGCCCACCACGGCCACCUCCAGCGGGGGUGCGGGCCAGCCCGAGGGGGGGCAGCAGCCCCCUGCCGGCCGCCCCUGUGAGACCCACCAGACCACUUCCACUGGUACCACCAUGUCCGUCAGUGUGGGUGCCCUGCUCCCCGAUACCGUUCCCUCCCACAGGACCCUAGAGUCCGGCCUGGAGGUGGCAGCAGCGGCCACCGUCGCCCCCCAGGCCGCUGCUUCGUUGCUGGCUCCCUUCCCGACACAGAGGGUCUGCUCCAACCCCCCCUGUGAGACGCACGAGACCGGGACCACGCACACGGCCACCACGGUCACCUCCAACAUGAGCUCGAACCAAGAUCCCCCACCAGCCGCCAGUGACCAGGGAGAGGUGGAGAGCACCCAGGGUGACAGCGUGAACAUCACCGGCUCCAGUGCCGUUACAACGACCGUGUCCUCUACGCUGACGCGGGCUGUGACCACUGUGACACAGUCCACGCCGGUCCCGGGCCCCUCGGUGCCGAAGAUCUCAUCAAUGACUGAGGCUACCCCAGGGGCUCUGACCACCGAAGUCCCCAUCCCGGCCACGAUAACAGUGACCAUAGCCAACACAGAAACUUCUGACAUGCCCUUCUCUGCUGUUGACAUCCUGCAGCCCCCAGAGGAACUCCAGGCCUCGCCAGGGCCUCGCCAGCAGCUGCCGCCACGGCAACUCCUGCAGCCCGCCUCCACACCCCUGAUGGGGGAGUCCGCCGAGGUCCUGUCAGCCUCCCAGACCCCUGAGCUCCAAGCCGCCGUGGAUCUGAGCAGUACAGGGGACCCGUCUUCGGGCCAGGAGCCUGCCAGCUCAGCUGUGGUGGCCACUGUGGUGGUCCAGCCGCCCCCGCCCACACAGUCUGAAGUAGACCAGUUGUCCCUUCCCCAGGAGCUGAUGGCUGAGGCCCAGGCGGGCACCACCACCCUCAUGGUGACGGGGCUCACCCCUGAGGAGCUGGCGGUGACUGCUGCUGCCGAAGCGGCCGCUCAGGCCGCAGCCACGGAGGAGGCCCAGGCCCUGGCCAUCCAGGCGGUGCUCCAGGCCGCACAGCAGGCCGUCAUGGGCACCGGGGAGCCCAUGGACACGGCCGAGGCAGCGGCGGCUGUGACGCAGGCGGAGCUGGGCCACCUGUCGGCUGAAGGCCAGGAGGGCCAGGCUACCACCAUCCCCAUCGUGCUGACGCAGCAGGAGCUGGCGGCCCUGGUCCAGCAGCAGCAGCAGCUGCAAGAGGCGCAGGCCCAGCAGCAGCACCACCACCUCCCCACCGAGGCCUUGGCCCCUGCCGACAGCCUCAAUGACCCGACCAUCGAGAGCAAUUGCCUCAGUGAGCUGGCCGCGGCCGUCCCCAGCACCGUGGCCCUGCUGCCCUCCACGGCCACUGAGAGCCUGGCUCCAUCCAACACAUUUGUGGCCCCCCAGCCGGUGGUGGUAGCCAGCCCCGCAAAGCUGCAGGCUGCGGCUACCCUGACUGAAGUGGCCAAUGGCAUCGAGUCCCUGGGUGUGAAGCCAGACCUACCGCCCCCGCCCAGCAAAGCGCCUGUGAAGAAGGAGAACCAGUGGUUUGAUGUGGGGGUCAUUAAGGGUACCAAUGUAAUGGUGACACACUAUUUCCUGCCACCAGAUGAUGCUGUCCCUUCUGACGAUGACUCGGGCACCGUCCCCGACUACAACCAGCUGAAGAAGCAGGAGCUGCAGCCCGGCACAGCCUAUAAGUUCCGAGUUGCUGGGAUCAACGCCUGCGGCCGGGGGCCCUUCAGCGAGAUCUCAGCCUUUAAGACCUGUCUGCCUGGUUUCCCAGGGGCCCCCUGUGCCAUUAAGAUCAGCAAAAGUCCAGAUGGUGCUCACCUCACCUGGGAGCCGCCGUCUGUGACCUCUGGCAAGAUCAUCGAGUACUCGGUGUACCUGGCCAUCCAGAGCUCGCAGGCCGGUGGUGAGCCCAAGAGUUCCACCCCGGCCCAGCUGGCCUUCAUGCGGGUGUACUGCGGGCCCAGCCCCUCCUGCCUGGUGCAAUCCUCCAGCCUCUCCAACGCCCACAUCGACUACACCACCAAGCCCGCCAUCAUCUUCCGCAUUGCCGCCCGCAAUGAGAAGGGCUAUGGCCCGGCCACCCAAGUGAGGUGGUUGCAAGAAACCAGUAAAGACAGCUCUGGCGCCAAGCCAGCCAGCAAGCGGCCCAUGUCCUCUCCGGAAAUGAAAUCCGCUCCAAAGAAAUCUAAGGCAGAUGGUCAGUGAGAGGCAGCUCCCCUGCACCUGGAUUGUUCGCCAGACCCCCCCCCUUCUGCUUCAGGAACGCCACCUGCCAGGGCCCACCCAUCCUACCCACCCGGCGCUCACACUUCACCCUCAGGAGCCACUGGCCGCCGCCACUCAUUCUCUCUCUCUCUCUGUUUUUGAAAUAAUCUCAAGAAAGCACAUUUUACCAUUGCUGUGGGAGGAAGCAGAAGGCAGAUCUGGAAGAGCAGUGAGCAAGUGAGACAAGUGUGCCCUCCUCCCCUCUUCUCCUUACCAGUGCCCUCCUCUGGGAGCUGAGCAAGCCUGGAAUUCUGAGGCCCUCGAGGGAGCUCGACAGACGCUUCGGAUGAAGCGGCCGAGACGCAGAGAACGGAAUGCACGCGCCUUCCAGCACCCGCACGCCUCUUGCAGUUUGUCACCUUGGUCCUGAGGGGGGGCAGCCAAGGGCGGGAGGGGCUGCAGCAUGGAAGCAGAAGAAAGGCUCGCCCCCCGCCCCCAGCUCCCCUCCCCUGCCUCUGCUCCGAGAAGAUUGGCAGGGCACCCGUGCACUCGAUGUCCAUCUGGUUCCAUUUUCCUUUGUUAUUUUUGGGUAUCCUGCCACCUCCCGACCCUGGGCUUCAGCUUUGUCCAACCCCGUCUCAGCGGCCUUCGUACUCCCACCCCUUGCCCCUUCCUUCUUCUUUCCCAGUUAGAGAGCUAGAAAGGAAGAAGAAAGAAAGAAAGGGGGAAGAAUGAGCCCGUGGUGGCCUGAGCAGUGUUCUGUGCAAAUCUCCUGACUCCCAGCGGGGCGUAGAGUAGCCCCCACCGAGCCUGGCUUUGGCCCCUGGGUCGGGGCUAGGGGCCACACCACCAACUGCUGCAUUUGUUGUAUUUUUUUUAAGUUGGAAUUGAUGAAGUUAACAUUUUUAUUGUAAUUUUAGCCUUAGUGUGUGGGGUUUUGUCCCUUUUUUUGUUGUUGUUGUUAGCUGUGUACAGAAUGUGUAUCUUUUUUUUUUUUUUUUUUUUAACUUUUACUUUUUUCUCCUUGGCUAAGCCUUGGCAGGGAUCUUUCUGGAAGAAAAGCUGGGGGCAGCUGGCACAGGAGAGGCGUGGAUUCUCCCCUGCGGGCCUGGUGUUGGUUGCCUGGCCCAAUUUCCUCUUGCUGGCCCCUGCCGUCUGCCCCUUUGCUUGUCCCCAGGCCUCUGGGACAAAGGAGGGGUGAGCUGUCAAACCUCACUCCCCAUGGGUGAUUGCUCUACACCUGUAGGAUUGAGCUUGAGAGUCUGCUGGAGCCUAAAGUCAGGUUUCUGAGGAGGAGCAGGUGCUGGGUUCGCAGGGCUCUCAACAUCCUCCCCACCCCCCUCCCUAUGACCCCCC